AUGAUGACGAACGGAAUCGCUGACGCGCAACAAAAUGGCGGUGGCCAGGAGGACUCGAAGACCAAUCUUAUCGUCAAUUAUUUACCACAGCAGAUGACCCAGGAGGAGAUACGGUCGCUGUUCUCCAGCAUCGGCGAGGUGGAAAGCUGCAAGCUGAUCCGCGACAAGGUUACCGGGCAAAGUCUCGGCUACGGGUUUGUCAACUACCAGCGCGCCGAGGACGCGAGCAAAGCGAUCAACACACUGAACGGCCUACGGUUGCAGAACAAGCAAAUAAAGGUGUCAUUUGCACGACCAAGUUCCGAGGCAAUAAAGGGCGCGAAUCUGUACGUGUCCGGUCUGCCGAAGAACAUGCUACAGGCGGACCUGGAGGCGCUGUUCAGCCCGUACGGGCGCAUCAUUACGUCCCGCAUACUCUGUGACAAUAUUACUGCACGACAGUAUAGCUCGCCUACCGGUGAAAAUGGCAACGGUCUUUCCAAGGGCGUUGGCUUCAUCCGCUUCGAUCAGCGUAUGGAGGCGGAGAAGGCCAUCAAGGAGCUGAACGGAACCGUACCGAAGGGUUCGACCGAGCCGAUCACCGUCAAGUUCGCCAACAACCCGAGCAGCACCAAGACGGUGCCGCCACUGGCGGCCUACCUUGGACCGCAGGCCGCCCGCCGCUUUCCGGGACCGAUCCAUCAUCCGACCGGAAGAUUUAGCAGUGCCAUUCCAAACUAUCGAUACUCGCCGCUGGCCGGAGACUUGCUAGCGAACUCGAUGAUUCCUACCAACGCCAUCGCGAACGGCUCCGGCUGGUGCAUUUUCGUCUACAACCUCGCCCCGGAAACGGAAGAGAACGUCCUGUGGCAGCUGUUCGGUCCGUUCGGUGCCGUCCAAUCAGUGAAGGUCAUCAAAGAUUUGCAAACCAACAAGUGCAAAGGCUUCGGGUUCGUGACGAUGACCAACUACGACGAGGCGGUCGUCGCCAUCCAGUCCCUGAACGGCUACACGCUCGGCAACCGGGUGCUGCAGGUCAGCUUCAAGACGAACAAGUCUAAAAAUGCGUAAAAUCAGUCGAACGUGCCACCGGAACUGCUUGCCCACUGGCUGGCCCAGCUGUCGAUCGUAGCGACGGCGACUACGGCGGCCGCCCGAGGCACCGGUGGCGUGGGAGGUGAGCCGGAGGAGGCGGCACUGCGGCGGAAGGCGAUGGUGGACGAGCGGUACCGGAACGCACGCAACCGUCGUGCGGCGGAACUCGGACUCGACGUACUGCUGGGCCAGCAUCAGCCGCAGCAGCGACGGCGUUCACUCGGCGCACUAACCGGUGCCCUGAGUGAGCUGCUGGCCCGUCCACUACGAUAAAAUCUUCCUCCUAUCACCACCACCACCUGCACUACCCGCUCCGUUCCGCCCGGCGUGACAUCACUACACUUUCCUUCGAGCACGAGUUACGUGUCAAAUUUCUACGUUCUACGGACUCUCAGUUCUUCUCAGUCAGUGGGGCAAGGGAGGCAGGGAUCGGCGCGGGCAAACAGUUCGGUGGUAACGUUUGAAAGCACGUGAAGCAAAUCUACCAAAUAGAAAGAGAAGAAAGAGUGGGGGGGAAUGAUAGGUCAAGCUAGGUUUAAGGAAGAAGGUCCGUAUCAAACCGUUGUACGGACACACUUAUACGAAAUCACAAGGGGAAAAAAUGGCGACAGGAGGAAGGAAGCGGAGAGCGAGGAGAGAAAUAGUUACACAAACAAACAUAAUUCCACAAAUUUGUUCUAUAUUUAUCGAGCAGCUUGCUUUGACCGUUUCCUUUCUUUUGCUUUUCGGUUCCAAUUCGUCUGCAAAUAUUCUAUGCAAUGUUUGAUUCGCGGACAUUAGAGGCGAAGGACAGGAGCAGGCAAAAAAACAAAGAAAAAGCCGAAAGCUGGCGGCGCUCAAGCAAGAGCAAACAAAUGGAAGCUAGUCGAGGGCCAUUUAGUCAGGCCGAAUGGAAGAAGCGAACGAAAGAGGGAGGAAAGGUGACGAUGUUAAUGGGGAGGGUACAGCUUUUGAAGGCAUGUGUAGGGGAUAGGAAGAAAAAAUAACACCAGAGUGAUGACGGGGGCCCCAUUAUCGAGCGGAUAUUUCGUCCCACCUACCCCCAAUCCUAGGGUGUAAUCCAUCAUCAACCGCGCAUGAGUUCGAUUCUACCACACUCUCCCCAAAAUGGAAGGCCUAUGGCUGUGCGUACAUGGAUGGCAAAACCGGACAUAACCCCCGGACUAAACGUCGAUGUCGUCUGGUGCUACUAGCUAAAUGUGUAAAAUUGGUCGACGAAAGGGAAAUGCGGAAAAAUUGCGAAAAGAUGGCACAGCAUGAAGCUGGACGCGCAAGAAGAGAAGCGAAACUUUUUAGAAGAUUUUUACACCAGGUUUUACACACGAAAGUAAACUGUAUAAGGCAAAGUAUCUACGGAGAAUAGGUAAAGGAAAAUCAAAGCGAGAAAAGAAAGUAAUUAGCGAAAGGGAAAAAUAAAAGGCAAGGUAUGGCAUAAGAACAGAAGAAUGUCAAGGAGGCACCCGGAAAGGGGGGAAGGAAAGUCGUCUUUUAGGUAGCGUAAUUUUUACAAGAACAGGAUUAUGUGGCUAUUUUGCCACGAGGACAUACAUUUCCUUUCCACCCUUUCCGGGAAGUGGAGGAUGAAGGAUCCGUUCAGUGAAGGUCGACGGCGAUUCGAUAGUUUUGAAUAACUUUUUAGUUUUUAGUAAAUUUAUAUCUCUUUUUCGUGGUUUGUGUUAACGUUCGAUAUGUGUUUUGUAUACGUUUCUUAAAACUUGAACAUGAGUUUCUUUUCACGCAAUUUUAUUCACAUUAUGCUUGGUUGUAGUUCCACUUUUUCGGUUAGUUAUACCAGUCGAUGUUUUCAAGUCAAGGGAAUUAGCAAAGGAAGAUAACGGGAAAAAUAUUACACGCCCCCCCCCAAAAAAAAAAGGUUCUGUUAAUGUCGUUUCUUGCAGUUUUGUUUGAUAAUUUGUUUACUUUCUCACGCACUCGAGGUAUUCGUCGUGCAUAUUUGAGCUGAAAACGCUAGAAUAUAGUGUUCUAAGUUGCGCUUAAACUAUUUAUUCACCAAGCAGCAAAAGAUGCACUAGAGUAGCGUUUCGAUGCGAGUUAGGUUUUUUUUUCCGUUAUUAACUUAAGCAACGUAUAAUUGUAGUGAAUUGUUAAUUAUGUAUUUUGGUUUUGCUAGCCUGGGACAGGAGUCCUUUCUUCUCAAACAUGCUAUCGAUGUCUCGGCACGCGUUUCAGUUUCAGUACCGUCUGGUAUAGCACAUGCAUGUGUUUUUAUUGUUUUAAGAAGUUUUUGUUUGUUUUUGGGUCAAAUUAAUUUCUUUUCUCGUGUUUAUCGAUGUAGAUGUGCAGGCGGAGGAAUAAUCGAACGAGUGCAUGAACGAAUCAUUGUAAAGUGGAAAACUUUAGGAGAAAAAAGAUGAAAAUGUAUUUAAAACAACAUUUAUUUGUGUUUCUUUCUUUCGUUCUUCACUGUUCUGCUGUUUAGUUCUGUCGUUCAUUUCUACCAGUUCAUUUUCGUUUGCCACACAUAAAACAACCUACCAACCAACCAAGUUUGAAACAAUUCCUAUGACCGCAGCAUAAAGUUGCAUAACGUCCUUCCGUACACCCGAAUCGACUACUCCCACCCUAUUGUUGCGUAGACGAAAUGAACGCCAAUUGUUGGGACCAUUACCGUAGUCGUAGUGAUGAAGCGUACUCUAGCGUUCGAUCCACACAGCAUGGUAGAAUUUUAGCAGCCAAUACAGUUCUACCCUCCCGCUCGGUAGCAAAAAGCAAACCAAAAGCAGACCAACGAUGUUUAAUUUGACCGUAACGGUUGGUGCGAGGUUGGCAAGCCAACAGGAUUAUUAUGCAACACUUUACAGUCUGCAUUCCGCCCAAGAUCGCAUCUAAACUUACUCUCUCGUACACAAACAUUGCGUAGGAACUUUUCCCACUCCACCCCACAAAAUAUCAAUAGCAAAACCCGAGUAAUAACUAUAUGCGUAACAUUAACUAUGCACUCUCACUAGGCACGGAAGAGCGGUCUGGCCCUUUGCUGAUCGAGUUAUUAAAUAAAUAGGAAACAUUUGUUUCAUACUGUUUUACGAACUAUAUAAAUAUAUCAUCUCUAUGCAUCUUAAAAGUUUUCACCAAGUCGAAAUUGUUUUCGGUAAAAUAUAAUGAACACCAUUCACUUGCGCUGCAUAUUUAAAGCAAACCCAAAUUCUGCACACAAACCACUGCUAGUUUGCCACUUUUCCAAGUAGUUGAAACAAGCGACGAUCACUGACGAUCGAUUUCAUUUGCUAUGAGGAGCAGGAAAACGACUUCCAGAGAAGCCCUAAAACCGCAAGGUUUACUAACAACCGCGGAAAAACUAUACAGUACAUACACGAACGAUGCUCAAUCGGAAGGAAAUGAGUAAAGUAAACAAAUAGUGGUUGUGCUAGUCGAUACGAAACGGAGAAACAUAGCUAGCAGGUUCUUCGAAAUGGUAAAAGCAAUGCGACAGGUGCAAAAGAAAAGUCAUCCAAAGCAAAAAGGAACUAACAAACCAAACUCCCAAAACUUUAUCGGUGGGAAAGAUGCAACGGAAAAACAUCAACCAAUAACUUUAAAAUGCAAACACAAACAAAACACUGAAGCAAACUGCAGUGCUACGAGACUCAAUCGAAGAGAACGGUGCACUUUAAACACGGCAACAACACAUAAGAAAGAACCGAGUACGAACGCGACGCGAUAUUUAUAUAUCUAUACACAAUAUAGUGAAUACUUUAUGGCGCUGUACAAGGAAGUAAGUAAUUAUAUUUAUUGCUGUCACAUCGAUCGAUGAGGAGUGAAAGAAAGAGGAAAACAUUUAGAUUAAAAGGGAUAUUGUAGAAACGGUAAAAACAAAUCAACCAAGAAGAACAACAACAACUAUUACUAAACCUAACAACUAACGUUUAUUGCUACCAAAAGUAAGAGAAAGGGAAGAGAAACCAACCACAUACCAGGAAAGUAAUAAUUAUAAUACUAAAUAGUCUAAUAGAAGCGUAUGAUUGAAUAUUUACAUUCUCAGAUAGGAAAAUUGAAACAUAAUCGACCGAACGAAAGAAAAACAAAAAUCCUUCAAAAGCAAAUCAAAUCGAAAAACGAUGUGAAGCACGGGGCGAUGUGCAAUAGGCGGACUGGACGAAUCGGUCGCGCCGUAGAGAGAAAAAGAAACAGAAACCAUGUGCGAUGUUCUUUAUGCUGAUUGUCCAUCUUUAUCGUAUUCACACUGUAUUCAUUUGAUGUUGUUUAAAGCUAUAUAUGCAUAGUUACGUAACGCAGAUUUUACCGUAAAUUAUAACUGUACAAAGCAGGUACUGGCACGAAGAAGGACCAUUCCAGCUGUCCAACACACAUCGUGCCGGCCAGUAUGCACGAACGGGUGAAAGCGAACCAAAAAUGAGAGAAAAUAAAACCGAAUCAGUAUUACUGCAAUAGGAAGUAUUUCAGCUUUUCCUACCGAGUAAGGUAGGGGGAAAGAAGUAGGAAAACAAUAGAAAAUCUGUCCUAGAUCAGUCGGUGGGAGGAACGGUGGGCGAACGGAUAAUUUAGUAGCAACCACCAACGAGAUUUAUACAUUAUAUUAUAUAGCUAUAAAUGUUCGUAUUAUUCAGCCUAUUCAAUUAUGUGUCCACUAUUCUUAUUAAAUAACACCUCUCUUCGUAUAUCUCGCGUUUCUAUUCAUAAUAUCUCUCUAUCUCAUUUACACGAUAACUACCGUUCGACAAAUCCCUUAUCGAUAAAGUAUCCUGAAAGUGUAGGAAAAAAGAAACAAGAAAAAGUAAUACCAUCACACCAUUAGGUUCAUUCACUAUAUGCGCCCAAACAAAAUGAUCAUUCGGCCCAUGUUCAGUUGUAGCUUGGUUUUUCUUCUGCACGUUUACGUACUUUCAGAGUCGUUUAGAGCAGCACAAGUGAUAGAAGAAACUGCUCAACCGACACAUACAAACACUUAACAAAAGAAGUAAACAUAUACCCGUUACAUGAUGCAAGCGAAAACAGAAACUAAAAGACACGAUAGACGAAGAGAGAAGACGAGCAGAGAAUGAAAGCGAUAAGGUAGCUUGUAGGUAUAAUAGUAAAUUUUGCCGAAAGAUUAGAAAGUUAUGGAAGAUAAUCUAUUAUACAUGUUUAACAACCAAAUUUGCUAGGUAUAUAAAGUGGACAGUGGAGAGGAAAGUAAAACAAACAACUACAAAACAACAACAAAAAACACACAAAAAAAACUUAUAAAAUAAAGAAAAUUCUACCAAUUGGACGGACGAGCGGACAGAAAAGAAAAUCAAACUGAGUAUUAAUAUCGAGUUUAUCGAUAGUAAAAAAAAUGUGAUCCCACCAAUGUAAAACCAAGAAAAAAGUGAAACAACUGUGUAAAACCAGCAAAACAGCAAACAUCAAGACAAAAACAAACAAGCAAACAAUCUAUAAUAAUCUUAUAAUGAGUCUGUGUAGGGGCCGACAGCAACAAACAUUUUAGCAAGCGAGCAAAUUACCGAAAUGUAAAGAAAACCAAUAUCGGAACGGUGGGGAUGAGGAGUCCCGUACCUUCCGUUUCCUUUAAACCCCCAACGAAUCGCAUUCUGUUGACCGCGGUGGAAUUUGCAGCGACAACUAGUGUAAAACAUUCGCUCUAAGCGCUAGGAACUGUGGAAAAUAGGUAAAAGUAAUACAAACACGAAGCAAACCUAAACCGACUCUGAAAGAACAACUCCCAUGAUGCGUAUGACGCAGUGUAAACACCUGGGUUGGGUGAAACAGUUAAGGACACACCGAACAUCAAGUAUAAGGGGCAAUAAUCGGCAAAACAGCAACUAUUUAAGAGAAAGUAAUCAUCAACAAAAAUGUUAACAUUUUUGAUAUUAAAUUGUAAGACAGAGACAUAACGAUCGGGAGCGGAUGUGAGAACGUUGCGCGGAAAGAAGAAUGUCAACCUUUUUCCCAUUUACACGACGAAGGAAAGCGAACAAAUACGUGUAAUAAAUGUAAGUGCGCGAUAUUGGAGAAAUUUUUAACUAAAACCAAAAAAAGGAAAAACAGAAAUAGAAAUAUAACACUCAUAUAUAAAGGCCCUGCAAGGAUGCUAUAUAUUGAGGGAAAAUUAAAGUAAAACGAAACAUAUUAGACAAUUUAAUUACCAAAACCGGACGAAAUUGGAGGAAAGUAUUGCGUGUUUAAAACCUGCAAUUAAAACCAUUUCAUUGCGUAUGAGCGGUGGUGGUAAGCGAUAAUUAUAACUGGUACGUUAUUACACAUUUAUGUCAAUGAAUCUUUCCCAGUUAAGUCAUUUUUGGUGUGUAGUGCAAGCUAAGAAAAUGCAAAUAAACGGAAUACCGAAACGAAAAAAAGCACAAAAAAAACGUUGUUCAAUGCAAACUAUCCUCUUUAAAUGCACCGUUUUACUGUAUCAAUGUUUUCUCGGCCACGGUUUUAGUGUGUAUGUGCUGUUAGGUUAUAAAAUCCUGAGGCAGAAGCCAAAUGUUCAAAUUCAAGUAAUUUGUGGAACCGUUUAAGGAUCGGUGAACCGGACCGGGCAACUACUACUUAAUUUCAAUGUAAUAAUUGCUCUUUGAACUACCUACCACCUUAUCACCCACGCCGAGUACGCAGCGCGCAGCAAAAGCAAUAGCAUGUCGAACAAAGAUGGUUAUCAGUUGAAGAGCAUAUAUACAUAAAUAUGUAUAUGUAUUGUAGGUGCAUGCACGUGGGACGGGAGAAUAAACCCCGUUGCAUUGCCCAAAACUCGUCGUAACGAAACAAUCCCAACAGUAAGCAAUAAAUAUCACAAAGCAAGUCGCGUUGGACGGCGCGAUAUGUUCUAAGAUGUGUACUAUUUUAAUCUUAUCACGAUGGAAAUCAACAGAAAAUAUAUUAAGUGUACGUGUUCAGUAUGUGACGCUACCACGUUUAUUAGUCCGACCGCUAGCGGAGGAAAUGGGGUUUUGUCGUGGCACAAGCAAAACCAGCAUGAUUUAGAAAGAAUAUAAAUUCAAGCCUAAAAUACAAAUAAAGAAAAGAAAAACAAUCUGUUUUCCAUCAGCAAACGCUCGAUUUCAAUGUUGUUCACUAACUGAAACUCUACCUAAUUUAAUCAAAUAUAUCUAGCUUUAGUUAAUCCGUAGCCGUAAGACAUAUCGUAAUGCAUUAAAUUCAAUUGUAUUGUUGUCCCUGUUUAUCAAAGUGAAGCACGU